CAUUUUUGUGGACAUCAGGAAGUCAAAGCAAGAUAUUUCAGAAUUAGAAUGGUUGGUUAAACAUGUAAAAGAAAAAAGGAAGUACUGCAAAAAGACAAUAAUUUAUUGCAGGACAAAUAACACAGCAUUUACUGUAUUUUCUUAUGUUAUGGAAGAGGUUGGUAUGGAGGCAUAUGAUGGCGAUGUAAAUGUUCACAACAGAAUAAUUGAACUUUAUACCUCUUCCACUGACGAUGAAACACAAAAUAGAAUUGUAGACCAGUUUAAAAAGAGUGAUGGAAAAUUACGUGUUUUGGUAGCCACUGUAGCUUUUGGUAUGGGCAUCCAAAUUACCAAUAUUUCUAUCAUAAUCAAAUGGGGAGCGCCUAAAACAUUAAUGAGUUAUUGGCAGGAAGUAGGCAGGUGUGCUAGAGACAACAGAAGAGGACUUGCAGUGAUGUACCCAUAUCCAAGAAGUCUUACGGGUUCCGACAAAAAUGUGGUUAAACAUUGGGUGUUAUCGCUUAGGCGUAUUAAAUGUGUUUAAGCUGUCUUGUAUGGAUACAGAAUCAUUAACUGCCAUUGAACAUAAAACUGAAUGUGAGGGACAUUGCACAAUUGUUUGUAGUUGUAGUUUCUGUUCAUGUUGUUCAUUUUGUAUGUUAAAAUGCUUGUGUCCAUCA